GCUCCAACCUCUAUCUAUAUAUUUUUUCUCCUCUAUAUUCCUAUACGCACGGCUGGGGUCUCCUGCAGAGUUCUCCCGCUAUUUUUAUCCUCCCACCACCCUCCUCCCACCAUGACGCCUCGGCGCUCCUCUCGUGCUCGCACCUCACAACCAUCCCCAGCCAUCUUACAACAUACCAACUCCUCCAGCUCCUCUACCUCAAUGACUCGCGAACGAAGUACUCGCUCCCACCACAAGAUCUCCUCCCCUCUACGAUCCUCCACGAACCGGUCCCAGUCGAUCGACGAUGCCGACAUUGGCUCGAAAGGUGACUACAGAGAGACGCGGCAGCGCCAGCGUGCUCGAGGGGAGGAGGACAACGAUCAGAUGAAACUUGCCGACGGUGACGACGACGACGGUGAAGAUGAGGAGGACGAAGAAGAAGAGAUCACUCGCUGUCUCUGUGGACAGCAGGAAUACCCGGGUCUGCCUCCCUCGCGUCGGGAGGCAAUUGGUCGCAAUGGACUGCGUGGCGGCAUUAAAGACGAGGCCCUCUUGGGUCUCUCCGCAGAUCCUGCUGAUUUGAUGUCGGAUGACAUCGGCAGCAUGUUCAUCCAGUGUGAUUCCUGCAAAGUCUGGCAGCACGGAGGCUGCGUGGGUAUCAUGGAUGAGGCCAUGAGCCCCGAUGAAUAUUUUUGCGAGGAGUGCCGAAAGGAUUUGCACAAGAUCCUCAAUGAGAUAAAUGGAUCAUACUCCUCCCAAUAUCUACCGGUCGCCCCUCCUCCUCCCUCCACUGCCGUUUCAUCGAGAGACUCAUCGCGCGAUAACUCUCGUCGCAAUAAAGACACAAAGUCACGAUCGAAUGACGCAGCUAUCAAUCCCAAGCGCCGAUCCACCAUGAACAGCCGGGACGCAGCAUAUGACGAGGAGGAACAGCUGCGGCGUGCAAUCGAAGAGAGCAAGGAAGAAACGAAGCCUGGAGAUGAACUUGCUGCACGGAGGCCAAAGAGAAGCCGCAGCGAUAGCGAAGCGCAAACCACGAAACGCCAACGCACAAGCUCACCCUCACCUGGCGCCGUCUCCAAAAGCAAUCCCGUGUCGCAGCAGGUCUCAGAAGACGAGUCCAGGGCCAAACCAGUCAAUAAUGUAGCUCGCAGACAACGGGCUGCAUCGCGCGGACAGCGCGACAAGGAUCUUAAGGAUACUGAAGAACCUGAGCCUGAACCAGCAGACGCCGCAAACCGCAGGAAAGCGAGGUCCGACAAGGCGAAAGAUGACGAGGCAGAGUCCGAAAAUGAACCCGGCUCGCCAAUCAAGCCAGUUGCGACCGACCCUGAACCCAAACCUCCUAGCCCUGAACUCACCCCCGCCCCUGCACCAGAACCGGCACCAUCGCGCCCCGCCACUCGCAAAUCGGGCCGUCCUCCUGCCCGUCGCGGUGGCCGCGUGGGCCGCAACCAAUACACUCGGGAUCGGGACAUGAAUGGAACGGACUCCAACUUCUCGACCCGAUCUCCGCGACGCGGGCAGUCGCACGACAUCGGCAGCGAUUCGCCCAGGAUCAAUGGCAUACAUUUACACAGUGGAGAGUCCGGCAAGCCCAGUCGGCCGCGCUAUGUGAACCAGCGCACCACCAUGAACGAGAUGAAGAGACGCGUGACGGCUAUUCUCGAGUUCAUCUCACGGAUGCAGGUCGAAAUGGCGGUGGCCGGGGAGAGUACGACGCCUCCCAACAAUGGUGCCGCCCGAGUCAAUGGCAGUCUGUUGGAGAGUGCCCUGGCGCUGGCCGUUGGCGAAAUUGACCCGGCCAGCGCAACAGCCUCGGACAGCGAUGCCGCCAGUGGGCCGACGUCGAUCGAAAAAGAGAAAGACUUCAAGGAACUGAGCAGCGUUGAAAUGAUGGAUGUACUCACGCGUCAUCUCCUCAAAUGGCAGCAGGAGUAUGGCAAAGUGGGAGAACGCUGAUCACUUUUUUUGUUCCUUUCUUCUUUUUUUUCUUU